AUGAGUGACGAAGCAUCGAAAUGUGAACAUUUGUUGGUCGCUGCUUUCGAUUUCGGAACCACGUUUAGCGGAUACGCCUUUUCCUUCCGCAAUGACCCAACAAAGAUUCAAACCAACCUCGGCUGGAAUGCGGGUUCGGAAAAGCUCAUAUCCUUGAAGACCCCAACAUGCGUUUUGCUGAAUCCGCAAAAGGAGUUCGUAGCGUUUGGCUUUGACGCCGAGAAUAAAUACAGUACCUUAGCAGAAGACAAACAAAAUGAAGGAUGGAUGUUGUUUCGAAAGUUCAAGAUGCUGCUCCAUAAUAAUGAGGGUCUUACAAGAGGGGCUACGGUGGAAGACAUCAAUGGGAAGUCAAUGCCAGCCAUGACAAUAUUUUCAAUGUCCAUUCGCUUCCUUAGGGAUCAUUUGGUUAAAACGCUAAAUACACAGACUGUCGAUAUUGAAGAGGCAGACAUCCAGUAUGUUCUUACAAUUCCUGCAAUUUGGAAUGACAACGCAAAACAGUUCAUGCGCGAGGCUGCAAUGGAGGCCGGGAUGGAAGCAGAUCGAAUCAAACUAGCUCUUGAACCUGAGGUAGCGUCAAUCUGGUGUCAGAAUGUCACAACUGGCUUAAAAGGAGAAUUAUCGGGAAUGCAGUACAUGGUACUCGACCUUGGAGGUGGUACUGCCGAUAUAUCAGUCCAUGAAAAGAUGCAAGAUGGCUCUUUGAAAGAGAUACACAAGGCAAGUGGAGGCCCAUGGGGAGGCACCGCCGUUGAUUUGAAUUUCAUGAAAUGGCUCACGGAUCUUUUUGGAGAGGCAUCUAUGGAAAGAUUCAAAAAUGAAGAGAUGGCCGACUAUUUUGACAUCCAGCGAGAAUUCGAAACAAAGAAAAGAAAUAUUAUGCCGGACACGACUGGAUUAAUAACAUUUCGAGUCACUGCUUCGUUAAAGGAAAUCCACAACGACAUUGGAGGCAAAGGUAUAUUGGCGCGACUGUCAGAACUUGGUUUAGACAGCAAGGUAACUUACAGGGGAGAUAAGCUGAGAGUUGAUGCUUCAAUUGCAAAAGAAUGGUUUGACGAUCCUUUACAGAAAACUGUUUUGCACGUAAAAGGUCUGCUUGCCGAGCCUAAAAUGAGGAAUGUUAGUAUCCUUUUGCUGGUCGGAGGAUUCGGUGAAUGUGCACUUGUGCAAGAUGCAUUACGAAAACAGAUUACAAACAAGAGGCUGAUUGUUCCAAACGAAGCAGGGCUAGCUGUGCUGAAGGGAGCAGUGCGUUUCGGCCAUAUUCCUGACAUAGUUGCUUUGAGAGUCAUGCGAUAUACCUAUGGAAUACGAACCUUAGCUCCAUUUAACCCUGCCGUCCAUCAAAUACAAUACAAGAUAUUGCAGGGUGGGGAAGAGUGGCUAGACGGAUAUUUUACAAAAUUUGUUGAAGCUAAUAGUGAGUUUAAAGUUGGAAGUGUUGUGGAGCAACACUUCGAACCUAAAAACCCAAGUAGUAGUUUGAUAGAUAUAUUUACAAGUCCAGACCAAAAUCCAUUUCUUGUGUAUGACGAUGGAUGUCAACGAAUUGGAAACCUCGUCGUUGAGCAUCCUGAGGGCGAAAUGGAGGACAAGGCGUUCGUUGUGUAUUUUGAGUUUGGUGAAACUGAGUUAUUUGUAAAAGUGAAGGUAAAGAAAACCGGGCGCGAGUUUUACAAAACAAUCGAUUGCCUUUGA